GCAAAUCCUGUCUUUCCCCCCGCGUUCAGCAUAAGGGAGAAGAAGAUAAAAUAUAGAGAGGCUCUCCAAAAUCUUUUAUAGAGCUAAUUACCUGUUAUCACCUUCAAAUUAUUAGGAGGAUUUUAUAUAUUAUUAUUAUUUAUUAUUAUUCUGUCGUUUUCUCCAGCUCACAAUACAAUUUAUCAAGUCCUCUCUCUAUUCAGAUCUCCUUCUUUCCCUUCGUAUCGGUGAACCAUGUCGUACGCCUAUCUCUUCAAAUAUAUUAUCAUCGGUGAUACCGGAGUUGGAAAAUCAUGUCUUCUUUUGCAAUUUACGGACAAACGGUUUCAACCUGUCCAUGACCUGACGAUUGGGGUUGAAUUCGGGGCUCGAAUGAUUACAAUAGACAACAAACCAAUAAAACUACAGAUCUGGGACACGGCUGGUCAAGAAUCAUUCAGAUCCAUCACAAGGUCAUAUUACAGAGGUGCUGCUGGGGCAUUACUUGUUUAUGAUAUUACAAGGAGGGAAACAUUUAAUCACCUUGCUAGUUGGUUAGAAGAUGCAAGGCAGCAUGCAAAUGCAAACAUGACCAUAAUGCUGAUAGGAAACAAGUGUGAUCUGGCUCAUAGAAGGGCUGUAAGCACAGAAGAAGGUGAGCAGUUUGCCAAGGAACAUGGCUUGAUAUUUAUGGAGGCCUCUGCUAAAACAGCUCAGAAUGUUGAAGAGGCUUUUAUCAAAACAGCUUCAACAAUCUACAAGAAAAUACAGGAUGGUGUGUUUGAUGUCUCAAAUGAGUCCAAUGGAAUAAAAUUUGGAUAUGGAGGCAUUCCUGGACCGUCGGGUGGAAGAGAUGGAGCUGCUUCUCAAGGAGGGGGUUGUUGCAGUUGAAAGGCGAAAAUUAUUCUUCAAACUUGAUACAUGUUCUCAUCGUCUAUAUGCCAUCUUCACCGGUCCCUUUAUCUUAUCUUUCAGAGGCUUCGUUGAUUUGUU